AUGGAUAUGAAUGACCAGGAGGCAGAACUAUCCAGCCAACUGGAGAAUUUAACGAUAAGUUCACCACGGAAGCUACGCUCGAAAACGUACAAUAACAACGGUAAAGUGUUUAAGAAAUAUGAAAGUAAUCACGAUUUCCAAGAAUCAAAUUUUACUUCACAAGUCGUGGAGCCCACAAUAUCCGAUUCCGUGAAAAAACCUCCGACAAUGACUGUUUUGAACAACUACAGUACGGUCCAUCAAAAAGUGCCAUCAGGGUUCUCAGGCACGACUGCUACAUCACAUCAAGAGGCUCAAUGGAAGCAGUAUUUCCCUGGUAUCAGUAGUGGCGGCACGACUAAUGUAGGAGGUCGUGUUGGCACUGCAAACAAGGUACCUGAAUCUGACCUUAUAGUUAGUGAUUUGGUUAAGGAUUUAUCUGGUGUACUGGAAACAAAUACAUUUAAAAGACAUCUAGAUAUGAAGAAUAAAAGCACUACAACACAGCCCCACGAAAUUCAUGAUACAGUAAGUGUCUCCCAUUCUAAAGAUUUCUUUAGUGGCGAAAAAGUAUCAUCGUUUUCUGAUGAUAGCGAUUCUGGGCCAGCGGCUGAAGCUCACGAUGUCUUUGAUGGUAUAUUAAAAAAGCAACAAUCAAAUUAUUUGGUGGGUUCUUAUACAAGCAGUAACAGUAAUAAAGAUAUCAACAAUGCUAAAACGAAAGAGGGUGAGAUGAACACUUCCAACUCGUUCAAUUUUUCAUCUUCCUCAUCUAUGUCCUCCUCUCAUACGCAAUCAAGUAGAAAAUCGAAAGGUCUUAAAAAACCCCCACUGAACACUAUAUCCCCGGGCCAAUUGGGGUAUCAGUUCAAUCAUACGCAUGGCGCAUGGGAUCCCCCGCUGAAUCAAGGAUUGGAUGUGUCUAGUUCACAUUCUUUAGACAAUACAUCGUCCAAUCAGUCACAGUUAGCCACAAUGGUACCAACUGGAGAUACCAACACCAAGGAUAAGGCGCCUUCAAUUUUAAAUAAAAAGGCGUACGAAUUCGUCAGUACCAAGCCAGAUGACGUUGGCUACUGCCAAGAGAAAAUACAAGAAGAAAGACUUGGAAAUAAUGAUGACACUCCUCUGGACACCCCAAAGUUCAAUGAACGUUUCGCAAAAAAUGGCACCAGGGCAAAAAUCAAAAAGCAAAUACGUACCUCUCGUUCUAUCUCUAACUCCAAUCUACUAGAAGCCCACAAGAAGCUCAAAAACUACCCCAGAGUUGAAGACAUUACAUCCAUUUCUGAAGUCGACACAUCGUUCAAUGAAUCGGAAAGACAACUGAUAACAAUCUUGACGAGCAAACUACAUGAUAUUUCAGACUACGACUCCGAUUGGUCAAAAAUUUUGAAGGUUGACCUAUCAAAGGGUAAACUGAAAAAUAUGUUUGGUUUGCAAAGACUACUACCAAGUCUAUUACUAUUAAAUCUCAAUGACAAUGAGAUGAACACUCUGGAAGGAAUCUCAUCAAACGUUGUCCAGCUAUUUUGUUCCAACAACAAGAUCACAAGUGCACAUUGUUCAUUGGUCGGAUUCGAAGACCUCGAAUGCCUAGAUUUAUCGUAUAACUACCUGAAUACAAGUCUAAAAUUUUUGUCACCCUGUCGUCAUUUGCAAGAGGUAAACCUUUCUUAUAACUCAAUCCAAUCUCUAGAAGGCAUAGGAUCGUCCAGGAUCAAAAAACUGAAUCUUGCGAACAACGAGAUUAAUGGCAUCAUCGAUUUUGAACAAUUAAUUCUAACAAACAACUCCGUUGUUGGUGGUUGGUUGACCGUGGAAGCCUUGGAUCUGAGCAACAAUAAUAUAAUGGGAGUAAGGAAUAUCAAUUGCCUGCCCCACCUGAAAACUCUAAACCUUAAUGGCAACCCGCUGGUCUCCAUUGUAGAAUCCGUAAAGAUUGAAAACGUAUCGCUAAAAGCGCUUUCCAUCAAAAACACCGGUGGCGCGUUAUCUAAAUUACAAAACUACAAGCUCAAUGACCAGUUUAUCUUCCCCUAUCAAAAUCUAAAGAUCCUAAAGUUGGACGGCUUCGCCCAAAUAAGCAGGUGGCAAAAAUGGCCUGCUUCUUUGCAAAAUCUGGAGAUCAAUGGUGGACUUGCCUCAUAUUUGCCGCGAUUUCCUUCCCUUAAGUCCACAAACCUAUAUUCUCUAACGAUAGCUAAUAUUAGAGACUUCACCCACCUACCAGUAGAUCUCUCGAAGGAACUUCCGUUCCUGCAGGAACUACACCUACCGGGCAACAACCUGCAAAGCGCGCAUAAGUUAACAAAAACCCUCCCGCGUCAAUCGGUAAAGUUCCUCGACUUGCGGAAUAACCCAAUCACAGCCCCAUGCCGCGAUCACAAUACCACAAGCCUGUAUCAUCAGCAGAUGCUCCAGAUUGCUGGCCUCUGCCAGCAGCAAUGUCCCGCGCUGGCGACCCUGUGGUUAGAUGACACUCCUGCCCCAACCGCCACGCACCUGUAA